AUGGGACUUCGUAAGGGCAUCAGCGAGGAAGCUAAUCUCAACCGGCAAAGUGCGAUUUGCAGUACAAUCAUCAUUUGGGUAGAGAGUGUUCACAACGUCGGUUGGGCAGUCGGAGAGCAGAAAGACUUCAAUUAUGAGAAAACUGUGACGACUCAAAGCUUUUCUUCCCUUAUUCUCCCUUCUAUCACCGAAAACAUAUCAGGACAGCAUAGGCAAACACAUGCAUUAGAAUCAGAAACCGCAAAAGUCAGUAUACCUUUCUCUUUCUCUCUCGCCAACAAUAUCUUCACCAUAGCAAGCAACAAAACACAGGGACGAAUAGCAAUCGCCAUUUAUGCUUUUUACGCAAGAGCAACAGCAAUAAACAUGACAACACAGGAUUCGCAUUUUUUUUUUUUCAAAAAGAUGAGCAAAGAUUAUUUCAAAGCCAAAGCCAGCCUGCCUGCCCUGGACCCUGUUUCACUCCCCGACUCCCACAACGCUGCCGCCCAUUUCCGCCGUAUAGGAACAAAACCAUAUGUUGUUUUUUGGUGUCGAGAAGAGAGAGAGGUGGAAAAGGGUAGAAUGGUGGAAAAUGUCGAAAGAGAAGAGGAGGAAACCAGACACGAUGAUGAUGACUUUGAGAGCCAGGUAUACCCGUUACACUCCCUUCGCUAUGCACUCCCCUUUGGACCGCCCAAAAUCCGACCGUACCGCAACCGCAACGUCCAACCAAAGGCAAGGGAGAAAGCAAUUCCAACAGUGGUGUCCGUCCGUUCCGGUAGUGUAACCCUCUUUUUGUCUUUCCAGCCUAGCAAACUUUUUUUCCCGCAUCCCUUGGUAUACCGACAGCCAACCUCCUUCCAAGUAAUCUUCCAAAACCUAGACACCCCCUUCCGUUGA